CACGCCACGCCACGCGCGCCGGGCCGGGGGCAGGUGCAGCGGCCCCGUUUCAGCGGCGCUUUUGCGGGGGGAUCCAAGUUGACAGGAGUCGGUGCCCCUUUGCCCGGGGGUGGGGGCGAUCUGGUGCCAACCCCGGCAUCGGCCGUCGGGGCAAUGCCCAGUGCCCGGCCCCGAGCGCUGCGGGAGGCACCCCAGAGCCGCCGCCUCACUGGGGAGGGGGACCCUGCCGGGUGUAGAGCGCAGACCGAGGAUCGCUGCUGUGCUUGGGGGCCGUGGAGAGGGAGGCCGACCGCCCCCACCUCCACGUGGAGGGAGACGUCUUAACGUUUACCGAGUCCUCUAAGAGGCGAGAUCUUAGAGAUGCUGCAGUUUGUGAGCAGCCACGUGGGAGAGUUCCCAGACCUCUUCUCUGAUCAGCUGUGCAGUGGCGCUUUCCCGGGAGGCGGCGGGAGCAAUCCUGGCGCCAGCGCCGGUGCCAGCGGCAGCCCUGGCACCACGGAGAGCCCCUCCUCGCGGCCUUACGGCCAGGCGCCGGGGGCGGCCGUGUCGACAGCAGCUGCAGCUGCAGCGUCCUUCCCUCAGACUCCACCCGCACAGAUUAAAGCCCCCUCUGCCCCCGUGUCCACCCCUCCUCGGCCUGCGCCCCUGCUCCAGCCGCGCCUGCAGCCCCAGCCCCAGCCCCCGCUGCAGCAGCAGACUGUGAUGAUCGCCCCGACCUUCAGCACGGCCCCCCAGACCAGGAUCAUCCAGCAGCCCCUGCUGUACCAGAACUCGGCCACCAGCUUCCAAGUCCUCCAGCCUCAAGUGCCAAGCCUGGUGGCCUCCUCCCAGGUGCAGGCCCAGAGGGUGCUGACCCAGGCCGCCAGUGGCACCAUUCAGGCCCUGGCUCCAGCGACUGUGCAGACGGUGGCCGCUCCUCAGGUUCAGCAGGUUCCGGUCCUGGUGCAGCCUCAGAUUAUUAAGACAGACUCACUCGUUUUGACCACACUGAAAACCGAUGGCAGCCCGGUCAUGGCGGCAGUGCAGAACCCGGCCCUCACAGCUCUCACCACGCCUAUUCAGACCACGGCCCUCCAAGUGCCAACCCUGGUGAGUGGCGGCAGCGGGGCCAUCCUCACCACCAUGCCCGUGAUGGUGGGGCAGGAAAAGAUGCCCAUCAAACAGGUGCCCGGGGGCUCCAAGCCGCCAGAGCCCCCCAAGGAGGGGGAGAGAAGGACCACCCACAACAUCAUCGAGAAGCGCUAUCGAUCGUCCAUCAACGACAAGAUCGUCGAGCUGAAGGACCUGGUCAUGGGGACGGACGCCAAGAUGCACAAGUCCGGGGUGCUGAGGAAGGCCAUCGAUUACAUUAAGUACCUGCAGCAGGCCAAUCACAAGCUGCGACAGGAGAACAUGGUGCUGAAGCUGGCCAAUCAGAAAACCAAACUUCUGAAGGGCAUCGACCUGGGCAGCCUGGUGGACACCGAUAUGGACAUGAAGAUAGAUGACUUCAACCAGAACGUUCUGCUGAUGUCUCCCCCUGCCUCUGAUUCAGGCUCCCAAGCAGGCUUCUCCCCUUACUCCAUCGAUUCAGAGCCGGGCAGUCCUUUGUUAGAUGAUGCUAAGGUCAAAGACGAGCCCGACUCUUCGCCUGUGGCGCUGGGCAUGGUGGACCGCUCCCGCAUCCUGCUGUGCAUGCUCACCUGUCUGUGUCUCUCCUUCAACCCUCUGACGUCACUGCUGGAAUGGGGAGGGGCCCACAGCUCUGGCCAGCCGGCGCCCAGGGGCUCCAGCCGAAGCAUCCUUUCCUUUGAUUCAGGGGCCGGCGGCUGGUUUGACUGGAUGUUCCCAACCCUCCUCCUGUGGUCCUUGAACGGCUUGAUUGUCCUGAGCGUCUUCAUCAAGCUGCUGGUGCACGGGGAGCCCAUCAUCCGGAUGCACUCGCAAACCUCGGUCACGUUCUGGCGCCAUCGCAAGCAGGCCGACCUGGACCUGGCCAGGGGGGAUUUUGCUGCAGCAGCUUCUAACCUGCAGACGUGCCUGUCUGUCCUGGGCCGCACGCUGCCCACCUCCCACCUGGACCUGGCCUGCAGCCUCUCCUGGAACGUGAUCCGAUACAGCCUGCAGAAACUGAGGCUGGUGCGCUGGCUGCUGAAGAAGGUGUCGCAGCGGCCACCCGGCGGCUUCGAAGACGAGGCCAAGACCAGCGCUCGGGACGCUGCCUUGGCCUACCACAAGCUUCACCAGCUGCACAUCACAGGGAAGCUCCCAGCUGGCUCCGCCUGCUCCGAUCUGCACAUGGCCCUGUGUGCCGUGAACCUGGCCGAAUGUGCCGAGGAGAAGAUCCCUCCGAGUACCCAGGCUGAAAUCCACCUCACGGCAGCUGUGGGGCUCAAGACCCGCUGCGGGGGCAAAUUGGGCUUCUUGGCGAGCUACUUCCUGAGCCGAGCCCAGAGCUUGUGUGGCCCUGAGCGGAACGCCGUUCCUGACUCCCUGCGCUGGCUCUGCCAUCCCCUGGGUCAGAAGUUUUUUGUGGAGCGGAGCUGGUCGGUGAAGUCAGCCACCAAGGAGAGCCUGUACUGUGCCCCUCGGGACCCAGCGGACCCCAUUGCACAGGUGCACGAGGCCUUCUGCAAGCACCUGCUAGAGCGUGCUGUGGAUGCCCUGGUGAAGCCGCAGGCCGAGAAGGGCCGAGCUGAGCAGGACGAGGAGACCUGCGAGCUGUCCAGUGCCCUGGAGUAUCUGAAGCUACUGAAUUCCUUUGUGGAUUCUGGGGGGGUUGUGGCCCCGCCUUUCACAAACAGCUCAGUGUUGAAGUCAGCACUCGGCCCAGAUGUCAUCUGCAGGUGGUGGACGUCCGCGGUCUGGAUGACCAUUGGCUGGCUCCAAGGGGACGAUGCCGCCGUGCGGUCACGGUUCGCUGAGGUGGAACGGAUCCCCAAGUCCCUGGAAAUGGCUGAGAGCUCCCUGGUGAAGGCCGUCUUCUACGUCUGCCGGGCCAUGCACGCCUCGCUCUCGGGGAAGGCCGAGGCGCAGCAGAGUUCCUUUGGUCACUGCGAGAGGGCCAGCGGCCACCUGUGGGGCAGCCUCAACGUCAGCAGCACGGCCUCCGAUGCGGGACUCACCCACGUGGUGCAGCUGCUGACCUGUGACCUGCUGCUGUCCCUCCGGACCACCCUGUGGCAGAAGCAGGCAGGCUCCAGCCCAGCCCUGGGAGAGACCUGCCAUGCCUCAGCCCCCGAGCUCGCGGGCUUCCAGAGGGAUCUGGGCAGCCUGCGCAGGCUGGCACACAGUUUCCGGCCGGCCUAUCGAAAAGUGUUCCUGCAUGAGGCCACGGUGCGCCUGAUGGCUGGCGCCAGCCCCACCCGCACCCACCAGCUGUUGGAGCACAGCCUGCGGCGCCGCACAGCCCGGACCACCAAGCACGGAGAGGCGGAUGCCCUGCCCGGGCAGCGGGAACGGGCCACGGCCAUCCUGCUGGCCUGCCGCCACCUGCCUUUGUCCUUUCUGUCGUCCCCGGGCCAGCGGGCGGUGCUGCUGGCGGAAGCUGCCCGCACCCUUGAGAAAGUCGGAGACAAACGUUCCUGCAGCGACUGCCAGCAGAUGCUCGUCAAGCUGAGCGGGGGUACUGCCAUCGCGGCCUCCUAACCCAGCUCUGCCCCCCUCCCCCACUCAGACCCUCUCCUGUCCUGUCCUGAACCCCUGCUUACACCGUCUAGGCCAGGGGCUUGGGGCUCGUGGGCUGCUGGUCAUUGCCACCUCCGCUGCCAGUCUUUGCCCAGCCAUCCCUCCCCUGGGCUCCUUUGGUCUGGGACCACCCAGGAAACUUGGAGAGUUUCAUCUUUCAUUGAGGAAGGAGAUUCUGGUGGUCUGGUGCCCAGGUGGGGGCCUGGAGGAGAGACCGGGGGGCAGCAGGCAAGCCGCAGGGCAAGGGGGUGCGCAGGCACAGGCAGCGGCCCUCCAGGCAUCCCUCGGUCCAUCCAUGCCGGGCCAGGGCAGCUUUGGGCGCCUGUCAAAGUGCGUGUUUUGUAAACACGACGGUUUUUACUCUGGCUUUGUGUGUUUGGUUUGCUGAGCCGUUCGGGGUGCGGUAGCCCCCUCUUUCUCUCGCUCUGUCUCCUCUCCUGUCUCUGACGUAGCUGUUAGUUGUUUGUCCCGUAUUAGAAGUGAUAGCUGUGGGGGGUGAGUGUGGUAGUCCAGAGCCCAGCUCCUGGGGAGUCACAGAAGUGGGGGUGAGGGGGAAGGGGAGGCAGUCCUCAGGGCAAACAUGAAAUAAAAUCGUCUUUUUUUAAUUUUCUAUAAAAAAAAUGGUAUCCUCCUUAAUUGUCUUCCUCCUUCCCUCUCUGUCUCUUUCUUCUGGGCUCUCUCCACUUAGCAGGGCGAUCAGGGUCCGAGUGGAUGCUGAAGGGGGAGGGCACCUUGGAGCGUAGUAGGAUGGCCCCGUGGCACCAUCAGUGGAACCAUCUGCACGGUGGGGCCGGGGGUCUCAUUUCCACUCCUGGGGUGCCCUGGUCCUUAUUCUGUUCUUAGCCCAAAUUCUUCAGUGACUGUGACUGGGCCCUGGUGUGUGCCCAGCUGCCUCCCUGGGCCUGGGCCCCCCCGCCCCAGUCCUCUUGGCUCUAGAAUGGGCCGGAAGGAGGCUGCUCUCAAAGCCCCUCCACCUUCCCCCCCACGCCCAGGAGGAGUGUGCCCAGCAGGGCCCACCUUUUGGGACAAAGAUGCUAUUUUCUUCCUCUCUCAGGUCAGGGCAGCGGCCCAGGGCUGGCUUUGUCCUUGUUGGGGAGGCCAGGGUUUGUGGACCCUCAGAUGGAGCAUCACAGACAUGUCCAACAGGCACUAGUACCGGGCCAUCUUCACCCACAGUCAGAGGGAACCUUUGGGUAGAAGGCCCUUCUGGGCUAGGUUUGUCCCUGUCAUGCUGGAAGGUCUGGCUGUUCUGUGGCUUGGGAGGCCUUGUCUCCUGGCUGCUGGCAGUGACCAAAGGCCCUUGAGAACCACAAACCUGUAGCUUUGGUUUCACCAUGGACCAGACACCUUCCCUGGAGCCUUGGUUACCUGGGGGUCAGUCAGCAGCCACUUCCUAGAGGCCAUUGGGUGUCCUCGGGCUUAAGGGAGGGAAGGAGGUCUGGGCAAUAGUGCCCAACCCCACCUCCUGGGAACAUCUGGAGACAGGACUGGGGCUCAGGGAAGAUUGGAUUGGGCCAGCCCCUUAAAUGAAGGUGGUGGGGUCUGGCCCUUCCAGCAUGGAGGGGACAGUCUCGUGUGGGACCCUUGGCCUUCAUUGCCCUUGAUACUUUGGUGGAGGGUCCAAGCAGAGCCUGCCUGCUACUCGGUAGGCAGAGAUAGAGGAAAUGGAACCUUGUACUGUCCAAGGGGCCGUCCAGGCCACUGGAUGUCCUUGCUGAUUUUUCUUUCUCCUGUCUCAGGCUUCUCCCCAGCCCACUGACCACGUGGAGGGUCUGUGGACCCGUUUGUAUUCUGUGUUAUUUAUGGGUUCAGCGCCAGUCCCAUUGUUUGUUUUAUGUAUAUACAUAUGUGCCUUGUUUGGGGUGGGGGUGGGGGGGCAGGUUUGUGUGUUGGGACUGGGGGGCUGUUUAGCCCCCCCAAGGAAGGCUGGGGGCUCAGCUCCCCAGAGGGACCUUUUUUAUGUUCAGUCAUGCACCUUGUCUGGGGUAGUCAAUAAACACAGCUUGGUCUCACUG